CGCCGAGCCGCCAUUGGUGCGCACGUGGAGCCCCAGCGCGCGGUCGCACCGCCCCCGCUUCCCGAUUGGCCGGAGGGUCGGAGGGGGCGGGGCCCCGGGGUGACAGCGCUGUCAAUGCGCUUUAAGACCAGACCAGAUCAGCCUGGCUCAUCUAUUUCAAACAUGGCACUCCGCCCCACUACGUUCAGCGACUGUCUCCAAGAAUGGGAGGAUCUGGAGAAAGAUUAUCAGCAGGUCCAGGAGACGCACCGCCUGUACAAGCAGAAGCUGGACGAGCUGACCAAGCUGCAGACCAGCUGCUCGGCCUCCAUCGCCCGGCAGAGGAAGAGGCUGAAGGAGCUGUCCCAGGGGCUGAGCGAAUGCAGGGCCGGGGUGCUUCCCGAGGAGGCCAGUGUCAUCGACGGGAUCAAGGCGCUCAUUAAGGAACGACCAGGCAUCUUCUUUGAGAUGGAGGCCUUCCUCCCGAAGAAGAACGGAUUGUACCUCAGUCUCGUCCUCGGGAACGUGAAUGUCACUCUGCUCAGCAAGCAGGCAAAGUUUGCCUAUAAGGACGAGUACGAGAAGUUUAAGCUGUGCCUCACCAUCCUCCUGCUGCUGUUCUCCUUUACCUGCCGGUUUCUGGUCAGCAACAGGGCGGUAGAUUCUCUUUUCAACUUCCUGCUGGUGUGGUAUUACUGCACGCUCACCAUCCGAGAGAGCAUCCUCAUCAACAACGGGUCCCGGAUCAAGGGCUGGUGGGUGUUCCAUCACUACGUGUCCACCUUCCUCUCGGGAGUCAUGCUGACCUGGCCUGAUGGGAAGCUGUACCAGAUGUUCAGGAACCAGUUCCUCGCCUACUCCCUGUACCAGAGCCUCGUGCAGUUCCUGCAGUACUACUACCAGAGCGGCUGCCUGUACCGGCUCAGGGCGCUGGGAGAGAGGCACAACAUGGACCUGACUGUGGAGGGGUUUCAGUCUUGGAUGUGGAGAGGGCUGACCUUCCUGCUCCCUUUCCUGUUCUUUGGUCAUUUCUGGCAGCUGUACAACGGACUCUGCCUGUUCUGGAUGGCCCGGCUCCCAGAGUGCCGAGAGUGGCAGGUGCUUAUGUGCAGCUUUACGUUCUUGGUCCUCUUCCUGGGGAACUUCUGCACCACACUGGGAGUCGUCUACCAGAAGCUCCAGAACAAGAGCCAGGGAAGAGCUAAGAGGCUAUGAAAGCAGUAGAAGGAGAUGAAAUAAACACUCCAGCACACCUGUCCUGCUCCAGCUACUGUGUCUAUCCGUGCCCCUCUGUUGCUCCACCCGAUUCAGUGUGGUCUUCUGGUCUCAGUGCAGGUCCUGGGGCCAGUGGAUACGUACUAACAACUCGAGAUCGGUCUCCAUCUGAAAGACAGCCUAUCGGAUCAUCUCAUAGUGAGGACUUGGACUUCAUAGCGUAUGCAUUGCAAUCCUGCUGUUGUGCAAGUUUCACCUCCAGAAGCUGUUUACGUGUGCCUCAUUUUUAAUUGUACGAAAAUGCAGUUCUGUGCCUGACUGUAAGAACUGUAAGAAAAAGAGUGUCCCGGCCUACAUGUGAAAGCUGGGGGCAAAAGGAAAGAACAACUAAACUAUGAACCACAGUGAUGCUUUUUAGAUCAACCGAUUCAAACAAAACGAUCCCACUGGGCUUGUAUCCUGGGCUGGGUUUGUGUGCACGUGGUUGCUGGGGUUCACCAAGAGCCAUGUCCAUACUAUAGAAAGAAAAACUGCAGAACUGGGGUAAAGCUGGUGUUUUUAAAUGAUGCUGUACAAGCUUUACUGCAACCCUUUUCCUUCGCUCUCUGAGGAUUAGGAGUGGAAUGACAGUACAGGGUAUCCUUAGAGCCAGUGGAUACGGCUUUACUCUCGCUCAAUAAAAAAACAGGCUCGUUGAUGGACUCCAGCAAUGAUACACCUUUGGUCACUUGUUGAAAUAAUUAGAUUGCUUGUGAUAUUUCAAAGUGGUUUUGGGGGUAAGUGGUACAUGUCACUGUCUCAAAGCAAAGUCUGUAUACUUGUUCUACGCUUGUGUUAAUGCACAAUUACAUCUGGUAGGGUUGUUGUAAUUGACUCCUCAGUCUUGUAUAGAUAGUAAUUUUCUUACAUUGAUCGCAAACCAGGAGCAGCUGCAUUGUAAAGAUCAAUGACACUCCGCUACUGUGCAGCUAUUCCUUCAGUUUAUUUCGCCAAUAAAAGGGAUAAAAAGUAA